UUUAAUAAUGUUAAAGUAUUAAUGUUGAUGAACAGUCCGAGCUGUGUUGAGGCUGCCGUUCUCCGUGUGGCCGGGCGGUGGCGCUGUUUCCUCAGAUGCUGAACUCCGUGUAUUAGGUGAAGGACUAUGUUGUAAAAACCUUUCAAACUCUGUUAGUUGCCGGUUCCUCUCCCGGUUCUUCUCCCGGUUCUUCUCCCGGUUCUGUGCUCGGUUCUCCUCCCGGACCGGUGCCAGCGGCUCCUCCUGCGGACCGAGGCCGCCCCGGAGGGCUCAGUUCCGGGCAGCGGCUCCUCCUGCGGACCGAGGCCGCCCCGGAGGGCUCAGUUCCGGGCAGCGGCUCCGGGUCUCCCUGCUCCGCCUGGAGGUUUCUUCCGAGCCCGCUCCGCAGCUGACCCCAGAAGCGAGCUGCGCGGACCCGCCUGAGAGCGGCCCGGAGCCGGGGAGGCCUCGCGGGACGGCCCCUCGCAGCUGGAGGGAAACUUCCAGCGGAUUCUUCGGGUUUUAGUCGCUUUCACGGUUCUAGUCGCAGCCGUUCAAUCUGCUUCUUGAAGCCCGCGAGCGACGCUCCUCAGCGGGUUGGAUGUCCCUGAAUGUCCCUGGAAGUCCCUGAGCCGCGGGGACUUCCGCUGCUGCUAGCGGGGGGACAUGCGGUAGAGGGCGGGAGGCUCCGCUCCUCGGCCCGCGGACUCUCACACUCCGCUCCCCGGCUUUGAGGCCUGCGGCUCAGGCUUCUACCGGCCUCGAGUCGAGCCCGACGCCGCCCUCAGAGGCUCGCAGGCCGGCUAGGCGCGCGGCCGCGGCCGGGCCCGCGCACCGUGUCAUGGAGCGGAUGGAGGUGGAUCAGUGCGCAGGCGCAGGGGGCGGGGCGCUCCGCAGAUCCAACAGCGCCCCCAUGAUCACCAGUGUCAGUGACGGGACGACCGUCUUCAGUCCCGUGUCCUCGGCUCGAUACCGACGCAGCAGCGUGUCCAUCAACCCCAGCUGUCCCUCACAGCUCAUCCCUCUCUCUCCGUUCUCUCUAAGCGGAGACAGACCCGACCAGAAGAGACAGGAGGAGAACAUGGAGACAACGCUGAGAGGAAGUCUGCAGAGACUCAGUGCUUCCAGUCUGGUUCCGGCUCCUCCCAUCAGUCAGUGGCGUGAACACACUUCAACCAUGUUUCUUUCUUUUCUUCAGUGGUUUCAGUCGCAGGACAGCGGCGUCACACCAAACUCCUCCCCCAGUCCCACCCGGAGGUUCAGACCAACACUCAGGCUUCCUGUACUGACUCCACUGAAGAGGAAAGGUGGAGUCGAGUCGGACGGACCCCCGAAGAAGCUUUUUGUUGCCGGGAUAACAGACCCCGCCCACCGCAGCAGCUACACGGUCAGUGUCUCUCAGUCGACGGCAGAGCCUCCACCAGCAGGGGGCGAGAGUCCUCAGUCCAGCCCUCUGUCCCUCUCCCCUCCCCCCUCCUUCACCCACUUCAGCUCCACCCAGCAGCCUGGACACUAAACCCCGCCCCCAACACCCACCCUCAUCGCACCUUAUCCAGUGUUGCUGUAAGCUCCGCCUCUUCCUGUCACCACAUUUGAUGGACAGAAGAACCACAGGAAGUUCAGAAGUGACAGUCGAGACAUGUUUCCCUUUCAGCUGUGCUCGUUGUCAUGGAAACUCUGAGACUGAAUCAUCUGUUUGAACAUAUAAUCCCAGUUUCACUCUUCAGUUCAUCUCACGUUGGACAAACAGAACGCCUUCCCUUCCAGAGCUGGGAGCCCCGCCCUCAAAUCAGUGGACUGGCGCUCAUCGGCGUCAUGACAACAACAUGAAGACAGUUUGGAGAACGUGGGGACAGGAAGUGUGUCUCUGUGAAGACGCACAUCUACAGAUGGUUUGUUGUCACAGAGUCGAGCUGCUGAACCCGAGAAUCUACGUGUUGCAUUCAGACACGAAGAGGAAGUAAGUUUCCCACGUGGAGAAGCACAGGACCUGAGGUUCAGAGAAGACGUCCCGACGCUUCAUGAAGACACAGAUCCUCUCUGAUCGGUCACUGGACGUUUCCCAAGAAGCUACAAUAAAGUCUUGAGUUAUUAUCAAGACAAAAACGCAGCGACUGAAAGAAGUUGAUCAGAAUCACUUCAGGUUCCACAGACGUCCAGUCGCCCCCUACAGGAAACUAACGGAACAGAAGCUUCACGCAGUAAAACUUUUAUCAAGAUUAAUCCAGAAAAGAUCCGGAAUCCGGCAUCAUGAGGGUUUGUGUUUCAUCUGCAGCCAGAAAGACGGGCUUAAGUAUCUCCGAUAUGGACGCCGCCAUCUUGUGGUGAUGACGUCAUUUACAGCCAGACUGUGAGCAGCAGUGGAGCCGUGGUAUCAAGGUCCCGCCCACACACACACUCAACCAAUCCUGAGCCAGUGUCAGCUGUCAAUCAUAGCGUCUCAGCCUGUUUUUAUAUCAUCAAAUAUCUGAUUAAACCAAACGGAUCAGAGAGGUAAGAACGACCUGUACUGCAGCCAGCCACCAGGGGGCGAUCCCAGUGAUUUGGCUUCACUUUUGGGAGCCUAAAUGUCGUCCGUCUUUAUUAUCGACUGAUCAGCAGAGAUGUCUAUACACCAGCACUUCGUCAACUCAGAGAACCAGGGUUACACACUUCAUCAUCAUCGUCAUUAUUUUUGUCGUUAAAUUUCACGUUAUCUACACGUCUGUCUCUGAAGAUCACGACACGGAUUAUUGUAUAAAAAUCCAAUGAAUCAAGAAACUACAAAGUUUCUUGUUACCUGAAGAAACCUCUUUCGUGUUUUAACGAAUGGUUUCGGUGUCGGAGUUCGACUGAAGUUUCUUCCUGUUCCAGCA